AUGGCCUCAAACGUCCUAUCUCGAUUCCUUCCUCCAAACGGACAGUCGGUAUACGAGACGAUACGCCAACACGACAAUGACUCUGAUGUUUCCGAUGUGGAGGAACGUGCCGGCUUGGUUUAUGAUGGCGACGUCAAUUUGGAAGAUCGGUUCAGCGAUCGUGAGCUUGAGGAAGCCAUGGCCGACGCUACGAGAGAGGGAUCUUCGAGCCCGAGCGAUACGUUUCUGAACCGAAGAGGACCUCAAGUACGCCCAACUAGCUCUGGGCCCCGGCGGCGUAAACCUAGCGACCCCAAGUGGAUGCAAUCAAUAUCUCCCCGGCCUGAACCCCUCGACGACGACGAUAAUGACGAUGAACAUGAUGACGAUGUCCCAGCUUCUCUUCUGAUGGAGGGCCAGCAUGAUGAUGAUGAUUUGAGGAUGCGGCUUCCUCCUCCGCCUUCCCAUCACCUCUCCGACCUGCAGCCUUCUCGCACCGCUCGCUCUCCGCGCCGUGAGCACAUUCGAUGGGACACAACCAGGGAUCAACGACCUUCGCACGAUGUUUCUAGCCGAAAUCGCUUAAAAAGCCUGUGGUCAGCGGGUCACCCCAAUAUGGCCAUGGUAGAUCCGAAGGAGAAAGCGAUGUGGAUGUGGGCAAACGUGGAGAACUUAGAUAACUUCUUGAAAGAAGUCUAUACAUACUUUCUGGGCAAUGGGAUAUGGUCCAUCCUGCUAAAUCGGGUUUUGAGUAUCCUAACCUUUGCAUUCAUCGUGGGGUUUACAACGUUUCUUACAAGCUGCAUCGACUACCAUCUUGUUCGGACCAGCAAAGCCUUAGAUCAAAUAUUAAUAUCAAAGUGCACCAGCAAUAUGUCGGCGUCUUCUACUUUCUUGCUUUGGUUGCUCUGCGUCUUCUGGAUUGGCAAGGUCUUCCAGUUGCUGUUGGAUAUCAGAAGACUCAAAAACAUGCAUGAUUUCUAUCAUCAUUUGCUCGGGGUCUCCGACGCAGAGAUCCAGACAAUAUCCUGGCAGGAAGUCGUUAGCCGUUUAAUGACGCUGAGAGACGCCAACCCCGCCACUGCUGGUGCUGUAUCAGCGUAUAAUCGCCGAUUAUUGGGCAGCCAAUCCAAACAGCGAAUGGAUGCUCACGAUAUUGCAAACCGUCUGAUGCGCAAAGAAAACUACCUGAUCGCCUUGAUCAAUAAGGAUAUCCUGGAUCUAACGCUUCCAGUCCCGUUUCUACGGAACAGACAACUAUUCUCCCGGAUCCUGGAGUGGAAUAUCAACCUAUGCAUAAUGGAUUAUGUCUUCAAUGAGCAAGGCCAGGUACGACCACUAUUCUUGAAAGAUACCCACCGAAAGGCAUUGAGUGAAGGCUUGCGACGACGCUUCAUGUUUUUUGGUAUAAUGAAUAUCUUCAUAGCGCCUUUCAUCGUCGUCUACUUUAUGAUGCAUUAUUUUUUCCGCUAUUUCAACGAGUUCAAAACCUCCCCGUCACAACUCUCUUCUCGCCAGUAUACGCCACUCGCUGAAUGGAAAUUCCGUGAGUUCAAUGAACUAUGGCAUCUAUUUGAGAAGCGAAUCAAUUUGUCGUACCCUUCUGCUAGCCGCUACGUCGACCAGUUUCCCAAAGACAAGACCGUCCAGGUUGCUGGCUUUGUGGCCUUUGUUUCCGGUGCGCUGGCCUCUGUUCUGGCUCUAGCAUCAAUUUUAGACCCGGAGCUGUUCCUUGGAUUUGAGUUGACGCACGAUCGGACGACGCUCUUCUAUCUUGGUGUCUUCGGAUCUGUCUGGGCAUUUGCCCGGGGAAUGGUUCCUGAUGAGACCCUUGUAUUUGACCCCGAAUACGCUCUGCUUGAAGUGAUCGAACUUACUCACUAUUUUCCAAGCCAUUGGAAAGGGAAACUGCAUAGUGACGACGUUCGAAGAGACUUUGCUGUAUCGUAUCAGAUGAAAAUCGUUAUUUUCAUGGAAGAGAUACUGAGCAUGAUAUUUACGCCGUUUAUCCUGUGGUUUAGCCUACCCAAGUGCAGCGAUCGUGUGAUCGAUUUCUUUCGGGAAUUUACUGUUCACGUCGACGGCAUGGGUUAUCUCUGCUCUUUUGCUGUCUUUGAUUUCAAGAAGGGUACGAACGUUAUUCCGCAGGGACACACCAACCAACGCGACAUGCGGCAGGACCCACGCGUAGACUAUUUCUCGACAAAGGAUGGCAAAAUGCUCGCUUCAUACUACGGGUUCUUGGAUAACUAUGGCGGGAACCCUCGUGCUACCAACUCAAACAAGCGCGCGUUCCAUCCUCCACCAACGUUUCCAUCUCUAGGAUCCCCAUACUUGGUCGGUGUUGGCAACAUUGGGAACCGGCCAGACCUGGCCCAGACUCGGUUCGGACCGGCAUCUGCAGCCAUCGGCCAACAAUCGGUGAUCGGUGGCCGAUUGGGGGCUCUCGGCGGUGGUGACACUGAAUCUCCUGCCCCCUCGCUCCUCCUCGACCCGCACCAUCAACCAUCAGCGUCUGAAUUCCGGCCAGCAACCCGCGUCGCACCGCACAAUCGUCACCGACCGGCCCGUCCUCCGCCAGCGCCCGUGUCUGAAUCCGUUUACAAGGACGGUGGGACGUCUAUUGCAGCCGCGCGUCCCCCAGCCCCUAGGCAAAGAAGCGGGCCACUGCAUGCAACCUCUGGGUCAGCAGGCGAUACUAACGUCGAAGACUCAUGGGGCAUGAAAUCAGGCGACGAAGUAAACGAGGAGGAUGCGGAGGAAGAGAACGUUGACGACAUAGUAGGGGGCGCGGGGGUUCUUGGAUUGAUUCAGCAGUUCCAAAAGGCGAACAAGGAUAACCGGCCUCGUACGGCUGUUGGUCUCUAA